AUGGACCCUUUUACUCAGAGAAUGCUUGAGCGUGCAAAAGUUAGACGUGUGAAAUUAGAUGGUCAUAUAGCCAGUAAUAAAGAUAAAGAUUCGAGUAUCUCUCAUAGUAGUCAAGGCUUGGUCAAUGAAGUUUCCAAUGCUCAUUCAAGCAAAACCAACAUUAAAGAUGAAGUUUUGGAUCCAACUGAAGCUAGAAAAAUGAAACUGAAAAAAUUAGCCUUGCUUUAUUCUUCAAACUCUAAUACAGAAGAGAAAGAAAAUUAUGAGAAAAUUUCAAAUGAAAAUGUGGAAAUAUCCUGCAAAAAGCCAAAGCAUAGGCUUGGAAGAUUGGCUGAUUUGGUUACUAAAAUUAAUGAAUGGGAGGAUGAUAUGUCACAAAAAAGUAGUACACAAUCGGUUAAAAAUAAUAAAGAAACAUCAAAUGAAACUUCCACAAAAAACCCUUGUGUUUUGAAGCCUCCUGAAGAAAAAAUGGGGUUUACAUUGUCAGAAAAUAAAUAUGUAUAUGAGUUUAAAGACAAAAAAAAAGACGACGUCCGUGAUAUUUCAAAAAAUAAUCAAAAUGAAAGUGAUAAUGUAUUUAAAACAAAGCCCGUAUCAACGCAUAUUCGUCAAAAUCAAGAAAAUAAAAGCAAUGUGAAACAUUUGAAUUAUGAAUCAAGUAAUCAGUUGAAAGAUCCUGCUGAACUUUCUAUUGCAGAAAGAAAAGCUUUAUUUGAAAAAAAUUCAGGAACUCAUUUACAGAAUUUUUCAAUUAACUUUUUACCUGAAAAAUCAAAAAAAAUUUCAAAGGAAAAUCAAAUUAUUGAUAAGAAUCAUCAGGAAUCAAAAUUUACGGAGCGCUCAAAUGAUAAUAAUGAUGUUAACGAAAGACUGUAUCCCAAUCUUAGUGAGUUUAUGGAAUCCAAUGAAAAUGAUGUUCAAAGUGAAACUCCGACUUAUAGUGUUACAGCAUCCAAUGAAAAUUAUGAUGAUGAUUUUAUUACCAAUAACAUCGAUGUUAAUUUAGAAGGAACAAACACAAAUGAUUCAAUAUCUUCGAAUGAUCUUUCUUUUUCAAAAUCAAAAGAGUGUCAAGUUUUAAAUAAAAUGGAUAAAAUUUUGGAAAACGCAUUAAAUGAUGUCUCUGAAAGUGAUAGUAAUAUGGAAGAAAUGUUUUCAAGUCCCAGUUCUUCUUCAAUAAAUAAUAAUUUAAAUAUAAUGAGUCCAAGUAAUGAUAAUGAUAAUGGAUUGAUACAUACUGUCAGUUUUUACAGGAAGCAGCAACCGAAAUCGUGUCCUUCCAAUGUUGAAGAUACUAUUAUUGUUUCAAAUCCUGUUGAAGACGAAAAUGUAUUAAUCGAAAAUAAGCUUCAAGCUUUAUUAGCUGAGGUUAAUAAGCAGCAAAUUAUUUUAUCACAAGCCAGUCAAGCUUUAAACUUGUGUCUUUCCAGUGUUGAAUUUACUGGAAGCAACGAACAAGUAGAAAGUGAACGUUUGUUGCUCUUGGCGAGUCACAAAAGGCAAGCAUGCCUGAACGAAAUUCAACGAUUGAAAGUGGAAAAAACUUUAGGAGGAACAGGAGGAAAUACAUCCGAAAAAGGGGAUGUAAUUAUGAGCAACAUUUCUCUUAAAUUGAAAAGAGAUGCAAUCAGGAGCAUGGCCGCAGAAAGCCUUCAAUAUUUUGUAUGUUUAAUAAAAAACGAAGAACGCGUUUUGGCGACUUCAGUUGUUUCAACCACGAGAGAAAAUUUAAAAGAUUUUCACUUACAAUUUCCUGGAUCUGUAAAAUUAGAAAAUUUAUCGAGCGACUUUAAAGUAUUGGUAGAAGUCUACAAUCUUGAACUAAAUAAACAAUUAAUUGACCAUGACACAAAGUAUCAUAUUGCCAACAAAAAGGAUAAGAAAUUUCUUACUCCCAUAAAAUCAAAAAAAAACGAGUCCAAGCUUGUAAAACUUCGAAUUCAAAGUCCAGGAGGACCAACAGCAAUACGAUCUACAAAUUUUAAAUUAUGUGGUUUUAUGGUUUUUUCACUUAAAGAAGUUACGCGAUCUCAGUGGAUGCUUAAUAAGGUUCCGUUUGUGAGUCUUUUGGAGGGAACCUUAUGUAUGACAAUAACUUCUAAACUUCAAAUAAAUGAAGAAUUCAGAGGAUUUUUAACCAUGUUUGAUGAUAUAUCUGGAUUUGGAGCGUGGCAUCGGCGUUGGUGUUUAUUAUCUUCUCAUGCAAUUUCUUUUUGGAAGUAUCCAGAUGACGAACAAAAAAAAGUUCCCAUUGGAACGAUCGACUUGCGAUCUAUUGUAACAGAGAACGUUGACGUUGUACCACAUGAUGUGUGUGCCAGACUUCAUACAUUUCUUUUGGAAUCUAUCAGGCCCAGUUUAGCAGAAGACAAAAAUUCACUAAUUCAAACAGUUAAAGAUAAUGUCACAACAAUAAGGCAUUUAUUAUCUGCCGACAGCAAACAAGAAAUGAUAACAUGGUGUAAAAAGUUAAACAAAAUAUUGGGUUUGCUUAGAAAUUGGAAAUGCAGCGAUGAAUCAUGA